AAAGUUGUUUUUGUUGGUGUUGUGUCUGUUCGUAUAUUUUAAUCAUAUCUUAAAACACUAGUUAAUUAAUUAAAAACUAUAAAUAAUGGGACUAUUAUUUUCGCGAUUGUGGAGUUACUUUACCCACGAAGAACAUAAGUUAGUGAUAAUUGGCCUUGAUAACGCGGGCAAAACGACCAUAUUAUAUCAAUUCCUGAUGGAAGAAGUAGUGCACACAUCGCCGACACUGGGGUCGAACGUGGAGGAAGUGGUCUGGAAGAACAUCCACUUUGUCAUGUGGGACAUCGGCGGCCAGGAAUCGAUCCGUCAGGGCUGGCAAACCUACUACACGAACACCGAGUAUAUAAUACUGGUGGUCGACAGCACCGAUCGCGAGCGCAUUGGCAUCAGUAAAGAGGAGUUGUGGAAAAUGUUGGCUCACGACGACCUCCGGAAGGCCGGUGUCCUGAUCUACGCUAAUAAACAGGACGUGAAGGGCUGUAUGACCGCCGCCCAGAUCUCCAAAGAGCUCAAUCUGACCGCCAUUAAGAAACACAAGUGGCAGAUACAGGCCUGUUGUGCGCUCACCGGCGAAGGGUAUGUUGUGCUGGUCAUCCUAUCUAUGAUUUCCAACAGUAUUGUCCUGUGGUCUACAGUAUGUUGUGGUGAUGCGAAUACAUGUAUUGAAGUGAACACGAGUUCGGGUUCAGUGAGGGGUCAGACACUCCAUGUCUUGAAUCGCAAAAUACAUCAAUUCUUGAAUAUACCCUACGCUGAGCCACCCUUAGGCCCACUCAGGUUCGCCCCACCCCUACCUCUCAGAGCACCCAAACAAGGUAUAAUAGACGGCACAAAAUCUGGUAAUCAUUGCAUUCAAAAGAUACCAAAGUUUGGUGUUUUGACGGGAAAUGAAAUAUUAAGUGAAGACUGUUUGGUAUUGAAUAUAUGGACACCAAAUGUGGACAAUAGUAAUGAGAAUCAACGGAAAAGUGAUCUCAAAUCAGUCAUGUUUUGGAUAUAUGGCGGAGGACUGAGUAUGGGAUCAAUAUUUAGGGACAAAAACAAUGGCAGUGUUUUGUCGACCAAUGAUGUGGUUGUGGUUACCGUUAACUAUAGGGUCGGGCCGUUGGGGUUCUUCUACGGCGGCGAUGAGACAGCGCCCGGAAAUGCGGGCUUUUAUGACCAGUUAUUGGCACUCAAAUGGGUUAGAGAAAACAUACAUCUAUUCGGCGGAGAUAAGGAUCAGAUCACUAUAUUUGGCUUCAGUGCCGGGAGUUGGUCGGUGUCCGCACACAUACUCUCCCCGCUAUCCAAAGGCCUAUUCAAGAGGGCUAUUAUGCAAAGCGGGUCUGUUAUGUACAACAGAGAGCGUCCGGCGCUGAGCACUGUU